CCGGCCUGGUCCCUGUUCCCUCUAGUCCCAGCACAGAGCGGCUCAGAAGCCAGAGCCCUGAUUUCCUGCAUCUCCGGCUUUCCCUGGCGGGCUGGGUUCUGAGCAAGGGGCUGGUUUUGAACGGAAGCGACUGCUGUGUUUCUGCUCUGGGGGCGGGGACCGUGCAAGACAGGAUGAGCAGGAAGCUGGCUCGUCUCUCCUAGGCGAUGGCAAUGGGGUCUGUGGGGUUCAUGGCAGCAGUGACCUCUGUGCUGAUCCUCGAGGGGCUGCCCUGAGCAGAGGCUGCCGGAGAAAGUCCCCAAGCUGGUGGCUCUGGGACACUGUGACCCAGUUUGGGUUUCACCCCAAACGUGCCCCUCCCAGAGCAGCAUCCCUGCCCAGCUAUUGAUAGACGUAGAACAGCCGGGACCCCAGGCAGUGGGCUUCACAGCACCCUGCCUUUAAAUUCAAUGGAUCCAUUGAGCUACAGGUACAUAGGGGACAGCAAAAUGUGCCCGUGAAGUGGGGUGGGCAUGGAGCACUGGACUUGGAGUCUGGACUCCUGGGUUCUAGUCCCAGCUUAAGUGUCUAGUGGUUACCACAAGGGACGCGAAAGCCAGACCUUCUGGGUUCUAUUUCAGCUCUGUUAUGGGCCUGCUCUGUGCCUCAGUUUCCCCGGCAAUAAAAUGGGGAUAAUCAAUGAGACAGACUCUCCUUCAGAAAGGGCUCUAGGAUGGAUACAUGAAAAGCAUCCGGAAGGGCUAGGCGCGUCGUUACAGCUCUGGCCAUGCUCGAGGGGUUGGCGCCGGAGACCACGGAGCCCAGGGAGGUUCCAUAAGCUUCCCUGGAACCAGCGUUUUCCUGUUGUUUGGUUUGGAAAUUAUCAGGGUGCCGGAAACACAAACCAGAUGAGAUGUGAGUGUGAGGCUGAGUCACCGCCCCAGCAGUUUGCUUUGUAGGGAUUCCGGCCCAGGUAAUGACAGGUUGGGGAGGGAAAGACACCCUGCUAGCAUGUCGCCUGUUAACCCUUCAGUCUCCUCCCUACAUCUACCAGUGAUCUAAUGUCCCCAGCCACAACCACAGCACCACCGCCAAACCCAGAUGCAACAACUGACUCCUUUUCUCACACUGGGCAGGAGUCUCUAAGUCUCGCAGCGCAGCUUGAUAAGGACAGGGGCUGGCACCCCUCUCCCAGCACUGACAAGCUUCAGAGGAGGCAAUGCUCACCACCUGCUGCCCUGGAGACAGUCAGACAUGGCCUGGAGCAGACAUUGGUGCUAGUCAGUUGAGAGAGGAUGAACCAGGUGUUCCCUGGACACAAAUGUUCUUCUGUUCCGGGGGCUCACACAGAUCGUGGAUUCAGCAAUUGGCAGCAGCUGUCUGGGCUGGAAACAGGCUUGUUCCGCUUUAAAUGUGACUCUUGCUCCAGUUACCCUUGCCUUAGAGACGCUAACCUCCCCGCUGCAUUCAACAGGUGUGCAGAGCAAGAGACCCCACGCCUCCUCGGGGGGGAUCCAUUCAGCCCUGACAAACGUGGAUGGCAGCGGCACCCCCUCUGCCGACUGUUUUUGGCCCAGACUCUCCAAGGCAGCCCCUGGCAGGGCGCUCCCGAGCGCUGCUCUCCACAAGGCCUGACAGCAGCAGGCCAGCUUUCAGCUUGACAGCUGGAGUCUCUCGCCCCUGCUGCUUUAAGGGGAGGAGGCUACGGGUUUGCCCUGAAUGUGUGUCUCAUUCCUCCAGCAGAGCAGACAGCACAGGCUGCCAGGCCCAGGAUAGAGGGCUCUGUGCCGGCUGUCAAGGGCUCUGUGCCGGCUGCCACUGCUGCACUGGAGAGAGACAUGAAUGCAAGCAGGAGACAGUCUCCUCCCCAUGCCAACGUGGGGAGGGCAUCCGGCAGUGGGGCCCCUGGGAUCCGUCUGGUAGAGAAGGAGUCAUCGGCCUGUCCUUCCUCUGACUGCCACUGACAGGCCAAGGGGAAAAGCCUGUAACCACUCAGCUGAAGCAGGCCCCCUGCCAUGCAGUGCCCGCGAUGUCUGCCCCAGGCUGGGACCAGCUGGAGCAGGACCCAGGGACCCAAGCUGGGAGGCCGAGAGAUUAUGCGCAUGCUGCUGUCCCCCAGCUCUGCACCAGGUGCCAGGAGCAGCUUCAUCCUUGGGAGGAUGCUUCACCCAGCGGGCAGGCUGUGCUCCAAAACGUCCCCUCUCAGGAGCUUUACUCGCUACCAAGGAGGAUUCCGGGAGACUGUGUCUCAGCCGAGCUCCACCCGGCCUGGCCAGAUGGCCCUGAGGAACGUGGCCUCUUCUGAUGCCAUCCAGAAGCACCGGAAGAGCCUGUCUGACUGGUUCAGCCACCAGCCCAAUGAGGAGAGGCAGUUCGGCCCGUCCUUCUCACUGGACACCAUCCACGUGGACCCGGUCAUCAGGGAGAGCUCCCUGGAGGAGAUCUUGAAGCCCUCACCUGACCUGACCAUCCUGAACCAGCUCCAGUCCCCUUGCAGCCGGACCAUCGGCCUCCAGAACCUGUUCGACGCGGACGCCUGCGGGCAGCAGGUGAAGAACGUGGUGCUGUACGGCACGGUGGGAACAGGGAAGAGCACCCUCAUCAAAAAGAUGGUGGUGGACUGGUGCCACGGGUGCCUGCCCCGCUUCGAGUUGGUCAUCCCCUUCUCCUGCGAGGACCUGUCCCAGAGCAACGUGCCCGUCUCACUACGGCGCCUCAUCACCAAAAAGUACCUGCAUCUCAAGGAGGUGGUGCCACUUCUGGGCUCCGCCAACCUCAAGGUGCUCGUCAUCCUCAACGGCAUGGAGCGGCUCAACUUGGACUUUCGGCUGUCUGGCACCGAGCUGUGCUGCGACCCCAAUGAGGCCGUGCCUCCCUCCGCCAUUGUGGUCAACCUGCUGAGGAAGUACCUGCUGCCGGAGGCCAGCAUCAUCGUCACCACGCGCCCGUCCGCCGUGCGCCGGAUCCCCAGCAAGUACGUGGGCCGCUACGCCGAGAUCUGCGGCUUCUCCAACACCAAUCUCCAGAAGCAGUACUUCCAGAUGCGCCUGAGCCAGCCAGGCUGCGACGGCAGCGGGAGCAGCAGCAACUCGGACGAGCGGGACAACCUGGUGGAGAUGCUCUCGAGGAAUCUGGAGCGCCACGACCAGAUUGCGGCUGCUUGCUUCCUGCCCUCUUACUGCUGGCUGGUCUGCACCACCCUGCACUUCCUCUACUUCACCAAGUCGGUGCCUCCCAGCCAGACCCUGACGGGCAUCUACACCAGUUUCCUGCGGCUCAACUUCAGCGGGGAGAUCCUGGACAGCACCGACUCCACCAAUGUCUCCAUGAUGAAAUAUGUGGCCAAGACGGUGGGCAAGCUGGCCCACGAAGGGGUGAUGUCCCGCCGGACCUGCUUCUCGGAUGAAGACCUGCAGAAGUGCUUCGAGGUGGAGAUGAAGACGGAGGGUGAGCUUAACCUCCUCAACGUCUUCCGCACUGACGUCUUCCGCUUCUUCCUCACGCCCUGCGUCCAGCCGGGCAAGGAGCACACCUUUGUCUUCACCAUCCCCGCCAUGCAGGAGUACCUGGCAGCCCUCUAUGUGGUGCUGGGCGAGAAGAAGACCCUGGCGCAGCGGGUGGGGAAGGAGGUGUCCGAGGUCAUCGGCAAGAUAAGCGAGGAUGUGACUCUGGUGCUGAGCAUCGUCUCCAAGGUCCUGCCCCUGCGCAUCCUGCCGCUGCUCUUCGGCCUACUCAAGAUGUUCCCCCGCUUUUUCAACCGGCUCAGUGGCAAGGACCGCGACACCAUCGCCCACACCAUGGCGGUGGAGAUGUUCAAGGAGGAGGACUACUUCAACGACGAUGUGCUAGACCAGAUCAACUCCAGCAUCUUGGGGGUGGAGGGCCCCCUGCACCAUCCUGACGAGGCCCCGGAUGACGAAGUCUUUGAGCUCUUCCCCAUCUUCAUGGGUGGGCUCCUGUCACGCCGCAACCGGGCCCUCCUGGAGCAGCUUGGCUGCUCCAUCAAGAACCUAGCAGCCUUUGAGAUUGCCAACGCUAUGAAGAAGACUAUGAUCAGGAACAGCCGCAAGUGGCUGCCCCCAUCCGAGCUGAUGGACUACCUCAUCUUCCUGCAUGAAUUCCAGAAUGAGCGCUUCACGGCGGAGGCCAUCCGCUCCCUCAGGGCGAUCAACCUCUCCUCCAUCAAGAUGACCCCACUCAAGUGCUCCAUCCUGGCAUCUGUCAUGGGCACCACCAGCCAUGAGGUAGAGGAGCUUAACCUGAGCUCAUGCCAUCUUGAUGUCAGCAGCCUAAGGACUCUUUUCCCUGUCCUGCUACGGUGCCAGAAGCUCCAUUUGCAGCUCAACAGCUUGGGCCCUGAAGCCUGCAGGGAGAUCCGGGACCUGCUGCUGCACGACAAGUGUGUGGUGAGCACCCUGCGGCUCUCAGACAACCCCGUGACUGAGCAGGGGGCCAAGUAUUUGGCUGAGGCCAUCGCAGGUAACCGCUCCCUGACACACCUGUCCCUGCUGCACACCUCCUUGGGGAACCAGGGCGUGGAAGUGAUCGCUCAGCACCUGGCCCAGAACCAGCACCUGAAGGAGCUCGACGUGGGCUACAAUUCGGUGACGGACGAGGCAGCCCUGGGGCUGGUUGAGGUGGCUAAGAGGCAUGCAACACUGAAGGAAGUGCACCUGUAUUUCAACGACAUCAGUGAGGAGGGCAAGCGAGCCCUGCACGCACUGCGCAGGGACCGCGACGGCGUCCAGGUGCUGGUGUUCCUCACGGUGGGCACCGACGUCUCCGACUACUGGGCCUUCAUCCUGAGCGUGGUGCAGAAGAACCUGCCCAACUGGGACCGCGAGCGGGUCCAGCAACACCUCAGCCUGCUGCUGCAGGACCUGGAGUGCAGCCGCCGGCAGACCGGCAACCCCUGGAAGAAGGCCAAGUUCCUGCGGGUGGAGAACGAGGUCAAGAAGAUGCUGGUUAAAAUCCAGCAGGGAACCCUCUAACGUGCCCCCCCACAUCUUCUCCCAUGGGCCUGCACCAGCAGGAUGGGAGGAUGCAAUGGACAUAAGGGCUUAACUGGGUUCCAGGGAGUCACUCUGUUAACCAUUUCCACCACCACCACCACCCCAAGAGCAGGGUUCACGUGGGUGGCUGGGGAGUCUCUGCUAGGAGCAGAGAGUUACUUGCGGCACCACAGAGUAUGUGGGCCCGGGCAGGAGAAGCCCCAGUGCCAGGACAGCAGGAGGCACUGUUUUAGGCAUGGAGCGAGGUGUGUUGGCAAUGCUGGGCAGUAGAAAAGGAGGAGGUGGGGUGUGGUCAGAGCAGCUGGUCGGGGUGUGGGGAACCUUGCACAGCACUGCUCCUGGCUUUAGAUGGCACCGUCGCUCCCUCACUUGGAUCCCAUCUGUGCAGCCCCAGCCACAAGUACCUCAGGGAUACGCCCAGUGCUAGGGUUCACUGGGUUAUUUCCCAAGCAGCUCCUGGCCCCUGGCCUCCCUUCCUGGAGUGCACUGAGGCCAUGAACCCUGCACUCUCACGUGCUGUCUCUGAGCCAUGCCCAAGUAGAACUGCAGUGAAAGCAUCGCCAAGAGCCUGGAGCUACCUGGGGAAGGAGCCACGGAGCAUUGCCCCUUGGGAGCUGCCCCGUGCCUCCGGCUGGGAACCCAUCUGCCAUUCCCAGGCAGCAAGCGGCCAUUGCCAAGGCUGGUGAGACCCCGGCUCUGCUCCCAGGGAGCCACUUUUGUUCCAAGGGAGGGGGGACGGCAGCCUGAACUCCACGAGGGCUGAAAAUAGUUCGGCCAUUGGUCAUGCCAAGCACAGGACAGGUUUGCAUGGUAGCAAUGGAGGCAAGACUCUUAAGGGCACCAGAGGGGGCUGAGAGCCAGUGAUCAACCAAGGGCCUGAAUCUCCUGGACCUUGUGGAGUCAUUUCUUCUAGGGCCCAGUGGCUGCCGACCGCUCCCAUUCUGAUCUGGGAGCAUUUGAGACCCACCGUGCGCUGGUGUGAAUGACAGCGCCGGGGAAUUGGGCCCUGGGAGUCCAUCCUGCGGGGGCGGGUUGGGUGGACUGGGGCAGCGUGAGGCCCAAUGUUGGGGGGAGCGGGCUGAAGGGUGGAGCAGCUCUGGAGGUUGUUCCCAGUAUUGGACGCUGUUGUGCAGUUCUAUGUAUCAUUGAAACUAAAACACUUUUGUUUCCACGAAUGUGAGAUGUUACCAAACUGGUCUGUUCUUCUGCAGCCAGAGCCUUCCCAAACCCAUGCUAUGUCUCUCCUGCCAUCUGCCUGGGG